CUCAGUUUUUGUAAAAUACGAAAACCAAAUUCUAAGUUCUCAUAAAGUAGGACUAAAUUGAGAAGUAACUGUAAAAAGUAAUAGUUAAGAUGGUGGUUACGAGUCUUACGUUAGGAACUAGCCUUGCGGCCUUGGUUUCCGGCCCUUUCCAUGAACCUCUUUAUAAAACAUGGAAAUUUGGAUAUGUUAGUUGUUGCUUCAUCCUUGGAUUGAAUUGCUGACAUUUUGAAAUCAGAGGAACAAUGUUUAAGUCCAAGGCCAAUGGCAUCAAGAAGGAAGUCAUUCGAUUAGAGCGUGAAUCUGUGAUUCCCAUUCUCAAGCCUAAGCUCAUCAUGACUUUGUCCAACCUCAUUCAACAUAGUGCAGAUAGGGCUGAGUUUGUAAAGUUCUCCAAGAGAGUUGAGUACACAAUUCGAGCAUGGUAUCAUCUUCAGUUUGAGGAUUUGAUGCAAUUAUACUCCCUCUUUGACCCUGUAUAUGGGGCUAAGAAAUUGCAGCAACAGAAUUUAUCUCCUGAAGAAAUUGAUGUACUUGAGCAGAAUUUCUUGAUAUAUUUAUUUCAGGUGAUGGAGAAGAGUAAUUUUAAGAUAGUUUCAAACGAGGAGAUUGAUGUUGCAACUGCAGGGCAAUAUCUUCUUAAUCUUCCCAUAACAGUGGAUGAAGCUAAGAUUGACAAGGCACUUCUAAAGAAAUAUUUUGAGGAGCAUCCCAAAGAUAACCUUCCAGAUUUUGCUGAUAAGUACGUUAUCUUCAGACGUGGGAUAGGAAUCGAUCGAACAACUAAUUUUUUUUUCCUGGAGAAGAUAGACAUUAUCAUUGCACGUCUUUGGACACUUCUUAUGAAGCGAACUAGGUUGGACAAGAUUUUCGGCAAAAAAUUAGGAAGGGCACGUAAGAAAGUACCAAGGAAGGAUGAGGACAUUAGUGCAGAUUUGCAUGUUGAGCGCAUCCGUCUUGAAAAAAUGGAACUAAGCAUCCGCAACUUGAUUAGCAAGACUACAAUUCAAGAACCUACUUUUGAUAGGAUAAUUGUUGUUUACAGGAAAAAAAGUGAAGGAAGAGAAAAGGAAAGAGGAAUAAAUAUAAAGCAUUUUAAAAAUAUUCCAAUGGCAGAUCUGGAAAUUGUCCUUCCUGAAAAGAAAAAUCCUGGAUUAACUCCCAUGGACUGGGUCACAUUCAUUGCCUCUGCUCUAGUGGGACUGGUUGCAGUAAUAACUUCUCUUGAAAUGCCUAAAGCUGAUCUUUGGGUUAUUUUUGCCAUUUUGUCAACUGUGGUUGGUUACUGUGCUAAGACUUACUUAACGUUUGAAGCAAACUUGGCUGCAUAUCAGAAUUUAAUAACACAGUCCAUGUAUGAAAAGCAACUUGAUAGUGGAAGGGGCACUUUACUUCACUUGUGUGAUGACGUGAUUCAACAGGAAGUGAAAGAGGUAAUCAUUGCAUUCUUUAUACUAAUGGAGCAAGGUAAAGCCACAGCCAAGGAAUUGGAUCAACGGUGUGAGGAUCUACUUAGAGAGGAGUUUGGGGAGAGCUGUAACUUUGAUGUGGAUGAUGCACUUGCAAAGCUAGAGAAGUUGAAAGUUAUUUCUAAGGAUCCUACUGGGAAAUAUGCGAGUCUGGGAUUGACACGUGCAAAUGAUAUAAUUGGAGUGACCACUGAAGAACUAGUGCUGAAGGCAAGACAGGGUUCAUUUCAAACUGAAUGAUGAAGCAUGCUGCCUUGCUUGGUAAGUAAUGUGGAGAGUGGUGAGAUUUGUAGUAGUAACCACAUUAUAUGCAACUUUUCCUUUUGGUUUCAGAUGGAAGAGAAGGACGGCAUGUUUGCAUUGCUGCCACCCUGACAAUUCAGUUUAAUAGCUUCAGUAAAGCUUGUUAUUUUUAUACCAUUAACAAGCAUGCUCUCUAUCUUUGUUGAAUUCCAUUCAAAAACCCAGGAGUGUAGGAACUAACGUGCUUGUAAUUUAUUUAUUUGAAAAAAAAAUAAUAAAGUAGUAGGAUGUUAGUGGAGUUGAUAUAAUUGAUACGUUAUUCUUUGUAACGAAUUGCAAACUUGUAUUGUAUAGAGAAAAACUUGCAAAACAAGGAGUAGAAUUAGUUGGUUGCACCCAAUCAUUAAAA